UCUCUCUAGCCUCCCUCGUGAUUAGUUCUUCAAUCAAAACUAAGUAUUGGUGUGAGUAAAGAUGGGUGUUGAAGGAACAAUGGAGUAUAUAUCUGACUUUUUAAAGAAGAGGAAGAGGAAAAAGAAGAAACAAAUGCAAACGGUAGCUCUCCGAGUGGCUCGUAUCGAUUGUGAAGGUUGUGAACGUAAGAUCAAACAUAUCCUCUCCGGCGUCAAAGGGGUGAAGUCAGUGGACGUGGACGUGAAGCUACAAAAGGUAACAGUAAUGGGAUAUGUAGACCCAAAGAAGGUUUUAGAGGCAGCCAAGUCAACAAAGAAGAAAGUGGAGCUAUGGCCUUAUGUUCCCUACACAAUGGUGGCGAAUCCUUACAUAUCUCAGGCUUAUGACAAGAAGGCACCACCAAACAUGGUUAGGAAAGUCCCCGACACGGCCACGGUCAAUGAGACCACCGUCGAUGAUUCUUACACCAUUAUGUUUAGUGACGAGAACCCUAAUUCUUGCUUUAUCAUGUAAAUCAAAGAGUAUGUGUGCUUUUUUCGUAUAAGUUAAGUAUAUAGUUAUAGUUUUAUACUAUUAAUGAUUUUGGUAAUAGUAGUAAGAAUCGUUGUGUGGGUUUGGUUUA